GGUGGAAGGUAGUGACAGUAGUGGUGGAUUGAGUUGUCAUGAAUCUCAAUCAUUCAUUGUUGUUUUUUUUGCGGGAAAACUGAAGUGUUGUGGUCUGGCUAAAGUUCUGUUGUUGGGAUUGGAAAAAUCUUUUGCCAAAUUUAUAUUUAUCGGUGGAACAUGUUAAAUUAUCCAAGAAGAUAUGAAAAGUCAAAUGGUUUUCCCGGCGAAGUUAGAUUUCAACUUUAAACGACUCCAAACACUUGCAAACAUAUUUAUAUAAACAGUGCUGCGUUGUCUGCAAAUGAAUCUCUGCAUUCGCUGGCUCUCGUAAUUUCGAAGUUAAAGACGCAAAAUAGACACCACUGGACGAGGUGAAAAUGCGUUACGGCUUCCAAUAGCAGGAGCAUUUGUUACAAGAAACGUGCCCAGUUCGAAAUAGAGAACUGGUGACUUUCAUCAGGCAUGAAUCAUACAACCUCAGGUAUGUUCCACCAUAAAAAAGCAACUAAAAUAUAAAGGCUGGAAAAUUAUUUGUUUGAAUAGAAGUAAGAGGAUGGUUCCUUAAGAAGGCUCGUACCAGAUUCUCUCUCCUCGUCAUUGUCAAAUGUAAACUGCCUUCGUUUCUCAUUUUUAAAGUGGUGGCGAAUAAAAUUAAAAAUCGACCCAAGAUAAAUGAUGAUCAUAAUGUUGAUAUUGUUGCUCUUAGCAAGUAUGAUUGAUUGCAACAUUUUUAUGUGAAUGCAAUUAUCUGUAUUGUACUUUCGGAUACACGCGUACUUGAAGUACCCAUAAUUUUAGGUGCAAAGUGUUCGAAUAAGCCAGGCCAUAAUAAUUAACUGUUGAUAUAUUCUGGCAAUUUCAAAGUACGCAGCACUGUUGGAAAAAAUGUCAAGUGAUUCUAAAGAAAACCAGCUCCAUCUAGGGGAGACGACACAGUGCCAUGGUCACCCUGAGGAGAUUCCUCGUACAACAAAUGGUAGUAGUGAAGAUGUCAAUGCCAUUGCUGCCUCAGAAGAGCCAGACAAGUUUGCACAUAUUGAACCCAGCCCAGAUGAUAAAAAGCAGAGUAAUUUAGCACCAGAUUUUGAACAAAAUGCCCCAUUAAAUGUCUCCUGUAAUAAAUUUUCACCCCCAGUGGAAAAUUCAAAUGUCUCUAAAAUCACAGAAACUAGUCUUCCACAUGACUGGGAUGAAACUGCAACAGAACAGUUGGUUGACAGCAUAUUAUUGGAAGCAGUGGGUGUGCCAUCUCCCGUGUCACCGCUGUCAAGCAAUGACAAUGACGACGGCCUUUGAACAUUCGGUUAUGGAAUUUGAAUCAUACGGAAAUCAAUCCUUCUGGGUGCCACAUGGACCUGCAGACCCAUCACACCUAUAAAAUUUUAAAACUUUACCACAUUUAUUAAUUUAGGCAUUGUGAAUAUACUGUAUGAUUGUUGCUAACGAUUAUCUUUUAGACAUUUUUGGGUACUGUGAAACACAGAAACUGAAAAAUUUCUAAUAUGAAAACCAGAAUACAGGAAUGUGCUUCAAAAUUUAGGCACGAGGUGGCAGUGAAAUGAGGUUAAUCAGUGGUGGAGAAACAUAAGUGGAUAUCAAAGUGACUUCAACUUUAGUGGCAUGGCUAAAAGAGGCAUCAUAUGAAUGAUGCCACAGGAAUCUGAGUGUUUUCACAUGCAACUGCUAUUAUACCACUAAAGUGGCAGCAAUUUUCUUGCAUGUGGAAACUCAGGCUAAAGUAAGAAA